AGUUCGCGACGGGGGAGCCUCCUUAAGGUAGCAUCUGAGGUGCCUUAACGGGUCCUUAUCCAUUCCAACAUGGCGGCGCGCUACGACGACAGCUUCAGCGAGUUCAUCGAUUUUGUGAACCGUGCGGAAGAAAUCGAGGACCACCAAGCCUACAGUUUUGUGCUGCCAUUGCAGCGGAACCUUAGGGAUCGCCAGAAUCCCAUGGAGGUGUUCAAUGAUCAGGAGUUUUUAGCGAGAUACCGUUUCUCCAAGGCAGCUGUGCUCGAGCUGCUGUCCAUGUUGCCGCUGCAUCAGAACACGGACGGACGUGGUUGCCCUGUGCCGCUGCUGUUGCAACUGCUCGUGACACUUCGUUUUGACGGCGCGGGAACUUUUCAGGUUGUGUCAGGAGACCUGGUUAACGUGUCGCAGCCAACUGUUUCCCGUGUUUUCACGCGGGUGUCUACAAUGAUUGCCGGAACAUUGUUCCCUGCGCUUGUCAAGUUCCCCGACACGGAGAAAAUGCAUGAAGUCAUGCACCAGUUUUAUAAGAAGGCGAAAUUUCCCAGGGUAACUGGUUGCAUUGAUUGCACCCACGUGCGGAUCAAAAGUCCAGGCGGAAACGACGCCGAAGUAUUCAGAAACAGGAAGGGAUAUUUCUCAUUCAAUGUGCAGGCUAUCACAGGACCUCAACUUGAAUUCUUUGAUUUGGUUGCAAGCUGGCCGGGCUCAGCCCACGACAGCAGAAUUUUUGACAACAGCAGCGCAAGAGCUCGAUAUGAAGAGGGGACUAUACCUGGCGUACUCCUUGGAGACAUGGGGUAUGCUUGCCGACCAUACCUCAUGACACCAAUAAAAAAUUCUGGAAGCACAGACAGCCCAGAGUACAGGUAUAACAAGUCUCAAAUCCGGACACGGAACACCGUCGAAAGGGCUUUCGGCAUCUGGAAAAGAUUCCCAUGCCUUGAUAUGAAAUUACGAAUAGAAACGAAAACAUCUGCCAUUGUCGUAACGGCGUGUGCAGCUCUGCACAACUUUGGCCGGAACCGUCAAAGUGAUGAACUGCCUCCUGACCCAUGCAAGAGUCAGCAACCCUCCAUAGCUUCACAAGGUCAAGGACCACAGCCCGUUGACUCAGCGAGUGGCUUCAGAACACGAGCACGUCUUAUUCAGCAAUAUUUUUCCUAAGCUGUUCCAGAGCAAAACACAAUGCAUAUUCAAAAUAAAAGAGUUUGUCCCAUUUUA